AGCAAAUCACCAAGGGUUAUUGCAACGGGCUCACCCCUCCCCAUAAUGUCUCCUUCAACAUUAUCCUUAAUCUUGGCCCUCCUGGGAACUGUCUGUGCCGUUAUCCACAUCUUUCGCACCACCUUAUCCCCACCAAACUGCCACAAAAAUGGCCGGAAACUUCCACCCGGUCCCCGCGCCCUACCUAUAAUCGGCAACCUCCAUAUGCUAGGGAAGCUUCCACACCAAAACCUUCACCAUCUAGCCAAAAGAUAUGGCCCCAUAAUGUCACUAAGGCUCGGCUACGUACCAACAAUCGUGGUAUCUUCACCUCAAGCCGCUGAACAAUUCCUGAAAACCCAUGAUCUUGUUUUUGCUAGCAGGCCUAAAGUCCAAUCCUCGCAGUACUUGUCGUAUGGUGCAAAGGGCAUGGCUUUUACCCAGUACGGUUCCUAUUGGCGAACUGUUCGGAAGUGGUGUACUUUGCAUCUCCUUAGUGCUUCAAAAGUUGAAUACUUUGCCCCGGUAAGGAAGGCGGAGCUGCUGUCGUUGGUUGAAUCAAUAAAGAAGGCAGCGGCGGCGGGGGAGACGGUGGACCUUAGCAGAAAGGUAGGUGAGCUUAUUGAAGAAAUCAUGUCUAAAGUUAUUUUGGGACGCUCCAUGCAUGAUGGAUUCGACUUGAAGCUGCUAAUUGAAGAGACCAUGCACUUAUCGGGAGUUUUUAAUCUAUCGGAUUAUUUGCCUUACCUUGCUCCACUUGAUCUUCAGGGAUUUGCACGAAGGCUCAAAAAGACGAGUAAGGCCAUUGAUACAUGUUUUGAGAAAAUUAUCCAUGAACAUGAACAAGAGACUAAUCUCAAUGAACGAAAGCCUCAUAGAGAUUUCGUUGAAGUGAUGGUUUCAUUGUUGAACAAACCCAUGAACCCUCACGGUGAUGAAGGUCAAGUAUACAUAACUGACAGAAAAAACAUCAAGGCUAUAAUGUUGGACAUGAUUGCAGCUUCAUUUGACACUUCAGCUACAGCCCUUGAGUGGACAUUUUCAGAGCUUCUAAGGCAUCCCCGAGUGAUGAUUGGUCUCCAACAAGAGCUAGAAACCGUUGUGGGAAGGAAUAGAAUGGUGGAAGAGUCGGAUCUACCAAAACUAACAUACUUGGAUAUGGUUGUGAAAGAGAGCCUGAGGUUGCAUCCAGUUGCACCAUUCCUAGUUCCACGUGAGUCCAUGGAAGAUGUCACUGUUAAUGGUUAUUUCAUACCAAAGAAGUCACUAAUCCUGGUAAAUACUUGGUCCAUGGCAAGAGACCAAAACGUAUGGUCGGAUAAUGCUGAAGAAUUUGUUCCAGAAAGGUUCCUUGGUAGCAACAUAGACCUUCGGGGACAUGAUUUCCAACUCAUCCCGUUUGGAUCAGGUCGUAGAGGAUGCCCUGGUUUGCAGUUAGGCCUACUCACUGUGCGUCUAGUUGUAGCUCAAUUAGUCCAUUGCUUUCACUGGGAGUUGCCUGAUGGGAUGCUGCCUAAUGAACUGGACAUGAGCGAAAAGUUUGGCCUCUCAUUGCCAAGGGCUAAUCAUUUGUUUGCUAAGCCAAUGUAUCGUUUAUUUGAUAAAGGAAUGUAAAACAAGGGUACGUUCAAUAAGGUUACUUUUCAUUCGUUGUUACGGUUGUUCAAUUAUUUUUUAACUUAGUUAUUUUAAUUAUUUAGUAAGUUAUAAUUUAAUGGACUGAAUAUAUAAACAAUUUGUAAUAUCUAAAAUCAUUCAAUUAGAAAUAAUCAUGGCAAAGGUAAUAAUCC